AUGUUCAAGUUCGUCGCCAUCGUUGUCUUCGCCCUGAUUGCCUGCGUCGCCGCCAAGCCCGGCAUAGUGGCUCCGCUAGCCUACUCCGCUCCUUUGGUGGCCGCCGCUCCCGCAUCCGCCCCCGCUGUGCUCGCCGCUGCCGCACCCGUGGUUGCCGCCCCGGCUGCUGUGGUGACCGCCACUAGCUCGCAGUAUGUGGCACGCAACUUCAACGGUAUUGCCGCCGCUCCCAUCGUAGCCGCUGCGCCCGUCGCCGCCGCCUACACCGCCCCAGUUGCCACAGCCGCUUACACCGCCCCUGUUGCUGCUGCCGCCUACACAGCACCCGUAGCUGCUGCAUACACCGCACCAGUGGCUGCUGCCUAUUCCGCCCCUAUUGCUGCUGCCUACUCCGCCCCCGUUGCUGCUGCCUACUCCGCCUACCCCUACUCCGCCUAUCCAUACGCCAGCGCCUACUCCGCCCCCCUGGUCGCCUCACCUUACACCGCCGCCUACACUGCUGCCUACACUGCGCCCGUCGCUGCUGCCUACUCCGCAUAUCCUUAUGCCGCUGCCUACUCCGCUUACCCUUAUGCCGCCUACUACCGCUAAGCACUAGAAGUGACUGGUUCGGCACGGCUUUUGGCUAAAAGGACACAAACAACAACAGCAGCACCACUUCAUUCCUCAGUGCACCUCCGUUCAUACUUAAUAUGCCUCCGUGAACAUUUCUGUUCUACCAAUAAUCAUUUCAGUUUGUUAUGCAGCCCUAGGCUCUUAGCUAUUUACUAUUCGAUCGUUUUCAACAGUCAAUCAUUCAUUUCCUUAGUAUUAGUUUAGCAGCUUGCUCUGCUAAAAGUGACAAACGAAGGACUAUACAAAAAUAUUACUGUUUAAAUAAAUGCAUUUGCGUAAAACGUA